CCUCUGUCCAAUCACCGAGCUGCUGUGCGAGUUUGAGCGCGCGCUCGCGUGUAUCGGGGUUUAUAUGUCCAUCCCCUUCAGUAGAAACUAUUUAGUCGCCGGCUGGCUGAGACCGCUGCAGUGGUGUCAAGGAUCGGCACUAACUGGAAGACUGACAGUGGAGACACAAGAGAGAUGAUGUACUGAUGUUUUAAACUUCACACGAGGAUUAUCCGCUUUUACUGCUGCAAGCCUUAAAGAAAGAAAGAAGAAAAAGAAAAAAACGUAUGUGAGAAAAAGACUGUUAAAAUCUAUGGAAGAGAGUCCAAAACACACUGAUGUUUGGUAGAUGUCCUGUGUGUGUUUGAGGUUAUGAAGAUUAGAGCGUUUUGAGCACAAGAGACUCUUUUGUUACUUUCUAAACACUGAGGAAAAGUGUUGAAGAUGAAAGGAGCAACUGAAGCACUUCAACUCUGCUUCUAUGUUUUGGCCGUAAAGAUGGCCUUUGGCAAGACGUGCACCAGUGAGCAGUUCACAAAAACAGGUGAAUGUUGCAGCAUGUGUGCGGCGGGCACUGGUUUAGUCACCAGCUGUGGCCAGGAAGACACUAAGUGUCAGCCAUGCCAAGAUGGUGUGUCGUUUUCAGACUCUGAGAGUCUUUUAUCCUGUACGCUAUGUGCCCAUUGCCCCAUCGGUAUUCCUCAGCUGGCACGCUGCACCAAAACACAGGAUACCCGGUGCGACUGCGGCGAGCAUUUCUUCCUGUGGCGGGAUGGGAACAGCACAGGUGGGCUGUGUGCGCCCUGCAGGAAGUGUGGGCCAGGAUGGGGAGUGUCCCAGGCCUGUGGACUACUGGGAGACACCAAAUGUGAGCUAUGUAAACCAGGGACCUACUCUAAGGACACGAGCGACAGGAAGCCCUGCGUGCCCUGCUCACGCUGUCAAGAUGAAGAGGUGGAGAUCAGACCCUGCCUGCCUGACUCCGACACCGUCUGCAUGGUAAAAGACCUCAACAUCCUGUCCCGGCCCUCUGGCUCUGAUGGUCCUCGUGAAACUCCUCGAUUGCAGACACCGAAUGAGGAAACAGAAAGUGGGAUCAGCCCAGCACCAGGCUCUGGAGCCCCUAGACUCACACCACAGGACCAAGGUGGAAACAACAACAUCUUGGUGUAUGUGUCUGUUUUGGCUGCUGUGGUGCUUGGCCUGCUGCUCUACGUUGCCUACAAAUGCUGGAAAUCAUGUCAGCAGAAGCAGGCUCUGGUGAAGGCCCGGGUCGGAGAGCUGAAUAAUGCAGGGGAAGGAGAGAAACUGCACAGCGACAGUGGUGUUUUCCUGGACUCUCACAGCCUUCAGGAAAGCCAGCCUAGCAAAGGCAGUAAACGGGACAGCAAACAGGAUACACGGCUCUACAUAAACCUGCCUCCGCACAGACAGGAGGAGGUAGAGGGACUUCUGGCUGAGGGGGGCAAUCGAAGCUGGAAACAGCUAGCCGCUACACUAGGCUACGAACAGGAGCGCGUGGACGUCUUUGGACGGGGCCAGGACCCCAUCCACACCCUCAUGACCGAUUGGUCCCAGCAGGAAGGCUCCACAUUGGGUUUGUUGUGUUCAGCUCUGACUCGCAUCGAGCGACCAGACAUCAUCACUGCUCUGACCGCCCCAACGCAAGGAGUAUCAGUGGUCUGAAGACCAGAACAUCUCCCUUACGCCUUUGUAAAGUGAUCGAGACACUAAAAUGAGCAUCAAAUCGCUCAUUCUCAAAGGCCAAUGCACUAAGACUUUGAAGAAGAGCGGGAUUGGAAAUGGUUUACUCCACAUAACGUUUCACUUAGCGAUUCUGCUUUCAACAGCCUGAGAUGUUUCCACCAGCUCUGAACAGUCUCUGCUCACGACAGAUGUUUCCUUCAGUGUUCAUGCUUCAUAAUAUCCUCUUUGUAGUGUCAAAACAAGCUGUUUUCUCCAGGACACACAUUCAUGCUGAAGAGUUUUCUUCUCUGUUCUUUGGGGUGGUUGUGGUUUUCAGCUGCGGUCCGUUUAAAGGAGCGAGGACAUUUCAUGAAUGACAGUCAGCCAUUCUUGCGGAACCACAUUGUAGCGCCAGAGAAAAGCAUCGUGAUCUUGUGUUUAUAUGUCAGGGCUUUAAUAAUAGUCGACACCAAGGCUGGAGGAAUUGUACAGUUUUUUUUGGUCAAAGGCAACGUUAAGCUGUGAGGCGUUUUGAUGAUUUCCAGAGGAAAACCACUAACUGUUCUGCAUGAGGGAGUUGAUACAUGUUCAAGUUGCUUUAGCAAAUGAUCCUGUUUGACGAAGACAAAAGAUCUGUUUCAUUCACACAAGUGCUUAAUUUGCACUUUAACGACAAUGCAACCGAUGGGAUGUUUGUGGGAGAGAAAAAAACAAAACUCUGGUGCCUUUACUUCCAACACUCAGGAUUGUGUUGCCUUUUACAGUUGAAAACAAGAUUAAGAGCCCUCCUUUGAAUUUUUUUUUCUUUUUGAAAAUUUUCCAAAGUACUGUUUAACAGAAACAAGAUUUAUUUCAACACUUUAAACCGUUUAAUAAUUAAUUAAUUUUUUUCAUCUUCGCUAUGAUGACAGUAAAUAAUGUAUUACCACUUUCUCUGCAAGAUACUAGUAUUUAGCUUUAAGUGCAAUUGGGAGGCAGUUUAAUUAAGUUAACUGCGUUAGUUAAGCAAGUCAUUGGACAAAAGUGGUUUGUUCUAAACAAAAACAUUGUUAAGGCGACUAACAUAGGUGGAGGGUGAACAAACUCCAGGAUAAGGCUAAGAUAAGCGCUGCCCUUUAAUGCAUUUAUUUAAAAAGAUUUGCGACCGACCAGGAAGAGGUUUCAACAAAAGCACCACCUAUUCAACACACACAUUAAAUUAUUUUAUUAAACUAACCCACAAUACAAUAAUCUAUAUAAUAAUUGUAUAUGUUAUAUUCAUUCAUUAAUUUUCUUUUCGGCCUAUUCCCUUUAU